AUGAGCACUUUUGGCUUGUUACAAAUUGGCCUCAUGCUGUUGUACACUGCCAGCACCACAUCCAGUCUCUGGUGUAAUCACCUUUCUUUCCAGCAAAGAAAAGUUGUCAAGAACAGCCUGCAACUGUUGGAUAAAAUGGGCAGAAGGUUUCCUCAGCAAUGUCUAAGAGAGAAAACGUCCUUCAGAUUUCCUGAGCAAGUUCUAAACCCCAGACAGGAGGAGUCUGUAAAAGUGGCUAUUGAAGAGAUCUUCCAACACAUCUUCCACAUCUUCAGCAAAAAUCUGACUCUGGCUGCUUGGGAUGGGACAGCUUUAGAAGAAUUCCAAAAUGGACUUUACCAGCAAAUUGAGCAACUGGAAGCAUGUGUAAUCAAGAAGCAGACCCACUACUCUCGGAGAAAAGAAGUCCACAAGCUGAAAUUGAAAAAGUACUUCCAAAAAAUAGACUGUUUUCUUAAAGACAAACAACACACCCUGUGCUCCUGGGAGAUCAGCCGUGCAGAAAUGAGGAGAUGUCUCCAACUGAUUGAUAAAGUCAUAAGGAAGCUUAACAACAAAGAUUCUUUGGCCGACACAUUUUACUCCAUAGGAUUCGUAAUGCGCCUUUGCCAGUUGUUAUCUAUAUUAGAGAUCCUACACAUCCUCAUGGGCAUUGAUAAAAGCCGUCUUUUCCCCAGGUUUUUGCAG